AUGUCUAUAUCACAGGCUUGGCAAUCAGAAACGUUCGGCGGCUUGAGCUCUCACCAACUCGAGCUCUUGUAUGAGCCUGUACUUCUCGAAGUCGCCUUGAGAGAAGUUGGAACGUUACCUACUUAUCCAUCCGAGAGCCAAUCGACCGGCAAAUACAAAGCGGACAUGCUGGACCUUAAAGCAUUCCAGUUUUAUGUCAACAAGAUGGCCCAAAUCUGCGACAACGAACGAGGUGGGGAUACAGUUAGCGCCCUUGCAAUACUUCGAGGUUCUGUUGGCCCCAAUUAUGUAUUUGGCUUUAACUCGAAGGACACAAGGGAUCUCAAAAGGACGCAGAAUUUCGUGCAAGCAUUGUUAGAUCUGGUGGGCAAGAACACAGAAGGUUUGCAAACUGCAGCGUUAGGGAAGCGAGUGCUUUGGUUCAUUCUAUCCUUCAAUAUGUCGCGGCUUAAAGAGUACCUGAGACUCCUGGAAAAAGCGGUGCAAGAGUGCCUAGAGAACUGCAAAAGAAGGAAUGAAGAUGAAACUUCCGAACCGUUCCAGAGCCUCUUAUUUUUGGUAGGCAAAUGCAACUUCAAACUGGAUAUCUCCGAGUCUAAUACGGAAGAUAAAUCAAUCAGCGACUCCGAAACAUUAAUCAAGGCUAUCACCAACCUAGAGCAAGCAGGAAUCAAUCAAAUGAUCUCACAGAGGGCCAAAGAUGGAGAAAUGACAAGAUCCGAACCGUGGUGCAAACUCCGACACUUUCUUGGCCGCUGGCUUUCUUACCGCAAAGCAGCUCUCGGCAUUGUUGCUGUUUCUGAAAGAUGGCCCGAGCUAUUCCUGGAUUUUGAGAUUACCAUGGUGCCAUCUGGUUCACGCAUUCCUAACCCAAUUUUGAGAUCCGAUCUCUCGAGCGAGAUUAUCCUACAGCAUAUAGUUGCGGAAGAUCAAAGCCAGGACUCGCAGCUUCUCCAAGCAGCCGACGACCUAAAACAGAUGGGAAUUGACGACAUAAUUGGUGCUGCCCAUGUUUCCAGGAAAUUUCGACCUCUGUUGCAUGCGGAAGUUCUGGUGUAUGAAUACCUCCUGAGCAACGAACAGACAGCUCUUGAAUGCUACUGGAAUCGUUGGAACUAUAUUGGCAGUAUAUUCGCUCGUCUCACAACAACUUGUAUCGAAAUUGGCGACUUCCUGAUUGCUACGAAGAGAGCCUUAGCAAAGCUCGGGAUGAACUUCUAA